UCCAGUUCUCCACUCCUCUCCGCCGUUCCGUUCCGGUACCUUCCUUCUCUCUUCCUCUCACGCGGGUCGUCGCCGUUCCCGUUCUGCCUCAUCUCGUCCCUGCCGUCUCCACCAGUCGACCCCAUCUGCGAAUCUGCGAUUUAGGCCAUUGGUUUCUAAGAUCGGCCCCUGCUUGUGCGUGAUGGCUGACGGCGCCAGCAGCAGUGGCGCUGUGGCCGCCGGAGGCGGAAGCGGCGGCGAGUCGGUGGUGAUCGACUACGGCCGGCGGCGCACAACAUGCGGCUACUGCCGAUCCACCAGCUCCACGAGCAUCUCCCACGGUCUGUGGGCUAACAGUCUGAAAGCUGAUGACUAUCAAGCUCUCCUUGAUCGUGGGUGGAGGAGGUCUGGCAGUUUUCUUUACAAGCCUGAGAUGGAACGGACAUGCUGCCCCUCAUAUACUAUACGUUUGAAGGCAAGUGAUUUCAUUUGUUCCAAAGAGCAAGACCGUGUACUUAAAAGGAUGCAAAGGUUUCUUGAUGGAGAGCUUGACCCACCAGUUGGAAGUCCACAGUGCAAGACUAACCCUACAAAACGUUCGCACGAUGAACCUAUGAAUUCACCAACCUCAAAAGUAUCCAGGGUGUUGGCUUAUGAAUAUCGGACAGCCACAUGUCCAAGUUUGGUCAAAGAAGACGAGUUUAUCUGUUGCCUGUCAAGCAAAAUUAAUAAGGCAAUAGAAAUGUGCUUCCAAAGUGGAAUAUUAGGUUCUGAUGUCCAACUUCCUAAAGCUGUUGUGAAGACUGUUAAACCUCAAGUAAAAAAGAAAGUAGUUGAAGCAGCACAAAAAAACAAAGGAGGCACAGUUCAAGAUUUAGUCUACACGUGUAAUAUAAGUUUCCAACUAGCUGCAGCAAUUAGACGUGCAUUGCCUGAAGAAAAACAUGCAGUGCUAGGUGAUCUUUCUCCAAAUUAUAUUGCAGAGAAGCUGGUGUCGACUAUGGAACAUGAUGGAGCAAUAGCUGGUUUUGAAGUGAAAGCUUGUAAUGGCCAUCUGAAUUUCUAUUCAGCCACCAUUCAGGCAGUUCAGAACCAUACCAGCAUUGAUGCAGGUGCUGAAGCUUCAGAUAAGUCUACUAGCCCAAAACAAAGCCCCAAGAACAGAAAAAAUGCAAGACAUAAUCAAAAAGCAAGAAAGCUGGAAUUUAGCAUAACAAGAUCACAUUUUGACCCUGAGGAGUUUGCUUUGUACGAAAGAUAUCAGACAAAAGUGCAUAAGGAAAAGACAGUUACAGAAAGCUCAUACAAGAGAUUCCUGGUAGAUACACCAAUCGUGUUUGUUCCUCCAGUGAGUGGUGAUAAUACAGUUCCACCAUGUGGGUUUGGUUCAUUUCAUCAGCAGUAUAGAAUUGAUGGAAAACUUGUGGCAGUCGGUGUAGUUGACAUACUUCCUAAAUGUCUGUCAAGCAAAUAUUUGUUCUGGGAUCCUGACCUUGCUUUCCUAUCUCUCGGAAAGUAUACAGCUCUGAAGGAAAUAGACUGGGUCAAGACAACACAGAGAAGCUGCCCCAGCCUGCAGUACUACUACCUUGGUUAUUAUAUACAUUCAUGCAAUAAGAUGAGAUACAAAGCUGCAUAUCGACCAUCAGAACUUCUCUGUCCAGUCCGUUAUGAGUGGGUACGGUAUGAUGUUGCCAAGCCCUUGCUAGAUAAGAAUUUGUAUUCUGUUCUAUCUGAUUUCUCCACGAUGCAAGAUGAAAUACCUCAAACACAUACCUGUGGUCCUUAUGAUGAAUCUUCAGCAAAAAAUGACCACUGUGAGUCUCCCACUGAUGAGGAUGAUGAAGAUUCGGACUACGAUGAAUCGGACAUGAUGGUUGAUGAAGAUAUGGUUCGUUCAGAAUCCAAUGCUGAUACAAGCGAGGAUUGCUCUGACAUAAGUGAAAUUGAAAAUGUUAUCAUGAUCUUGAACAGUUCUCGAGUUAAAUACAAGGUAUAUACACAAAUUUGAGUCCCAACUCACAAUCAGGAACUUCAGAGUGUCGUUGGGCCAAUCGAGAGGAGACACCUCAGUGAGCUAGAAAGGCAAUUAAGCAGAUACGUCAAGGUUGUAGGGAAGGAGCUGUCUGAUCGUAUGGUUUAUUCCCUUAGCUGACCUGACCAAGUAAAUAUUUCCUUGAGAUGGCAAUGCAACUGUUUGAAGGUGCACAUGGAAAUUAAACUCAUCAUUUGUGCAAAGUUUAAGCUCAUCGAUUUGCUGUCAAAAAACAGAUGACUCAAAAUAGAUGCAGACAAGACACAUUGUCCGGUGGAACUUUUUUUUUGUCAGUCUUCUGGUUCCCAUGGCAAUUGCAUGAAUAGUCCAUUUGAACUGUGCAUAUGGUUUUAGACUAUAUGUAUAUCACACAUGUUUCAUGGC